CUGACAUGUCCCACAAGAGCAUAGUGGGCUUGUGGUUAUCACUCGUUCUCUUAGGAGCUGAAGACGUUGAAGCAAAAGUGAAUGGCAUUCUGGGAGAGUCUGUCACAUUCAAAGUGAAGACCUCUACACCAUUUGUAGCAAUUUCCUGGACUAAAGUUGCUGGCAGUGAGCCUGAAAUUAUUGCUCUGGCGAUCUUUCAAGAGCCCUGUCAACUCCAGGUCCCUUUCCCAGCCUAUCAAAAGCGAGUGAACAUCUCCAAGGACUGCAGAGAAUUACAUCUCAGCCAUCUCAAGAAAGAGGAUGCUGGCGUAUUCAUAGCAGGAAUUAUUUCACCAGAUGCAAAGAAGGUGGAUGAGUCCUUUGAUCUGCAAAUAUUUCGUCGUUUGCUGGGCUCUCAGCUGCGAGUGACCUGCACUCCUAAUGCAGCUGGAAAUGGAAGUUGGCAGCUGAAUUGUUCUAAAGAGCCCUGGGAAGACGGGGUGAAAUUCAGCUGGCGCUCCGAUGUCCGGAGCAAUGACCCCACCCUUGGGAGUUCUGUGAUCAACCUUGCUCACAAUGUGACCUGCUUAGCAGAAAACCUGAUUAGCAAGGCGUCCAGGACAGUCUCUUUAAAGGAAGUUUGUGCUGAACACACCGAGACCCUCCUGACCGAGAACAGGUUGCCUCUCUGGAUCCUGCUGGGCCUUAGCAAAAUGGGAAGUCUUCUCCUUCUUGGCUCUUUGGGGCUCAUUCUGAGGGUGAAAUCCAGCAAAGAUACCCUCUUAAGGAUGCUCUGUGAGAAACCCAAUCCUUCCCUUCUCUUCCUGUCCCUUCUGCCCCAGAGGAGAGCCAGAGGAACCGGAUGGAGCUUGCAAUGAAAAGAUUAGAGAACAAGACAUUCCAGAGCUACUGAAUAAGUGCCCUUCCCCUUCCCCUUGUCAGACCUAGAAUUAGACCAAGUAGGUAUUUGGAAUUACCGGUCCCCCUUUGCUGCCAUCCAAUGGUCAUUUCAAUUAUGGCAGCCUAGAAUGCAGGGAUGAGGGUCCAACCAGCAUCUCCAAAAGACAAGAUUGGACAGCAUAUCUUCAUUAAAGGAUGCAUUUACCACCAUCCGCAUCCAGCCCCCUAGCACAUUCCUGGUCAUUCUGGUCAACCAGUAGGACAGUGACACAUCUAAGAGGAGGGAGAAUCUUCUGUAUUUCUCAACAUCCAGAAUUUUAGACUGGUCUCAAGCACCUGCACACUGCAAAGCCUCCAUCAUCUCAGCCACAUUUGCCCAACUCAAGAGGCCAUGUAGAGCAGCUCCUCCAUGUAGAAUCACUCAGUAAGGUCAAGACCAUUUUGAGCCACAUCCAUUACGGUAGCAGAAAGACACAGAAUGAAUGAAUGAAUGAAUGAAUGAAUGAAUGAAUUAAUCUUCCAGCCAAGCUUCUUCUCCUUUUGAAUUCUCCAAUCUACUCCACAUGAUGCCCCCUUGGAUUUCUGCCUUUUGGUGCUUCCUGUUUCCUAAAGCUCAACCCUCUUCUUUGUUUUCUUCUAGCCGCUGGAAGAGGAAGGCCAACGGACUCCCAGAGGAACCCACCACCAUUGGAUCCUCCUGACAGAGGCGUCAGAUGAGUCCCCCUCCCACCUUAAGAGGCAUCUCCAUGGUCUUCCUUGGUGGCUUUUAAGAGGAGUCUUUGGGACAUGGACGCUUCUGUGGGCCACCCAAUGAACUCUCUUGCCAGUGUGGCUAGUGGGAGGGGCUCACAGGGUGGCCUCAGGGCUGUUCCAUGUCACUUCUCUGUGGCCACCCCAUGCCUUCCUCUCCUGCAUCUCGACUGCCCCUCAAUCUGUUUUUGCUGCUGCCUUGUCUGGACCCCAAGAGACCACAUGUGUUUCUUUGUUUAAUAUUCAGGAUGUCAGCCAGAUCUCCAGCAUGGGAUUCUACUUUGAUGCAUGCUUGCUAUUGGCUGCCAUCAUAAUGGGGGGGGGAUGGCAUUUGGGUUGGUGAAGUGACAUAAUGAGGUGAAGACCCAUGUGAACUAAAAGGGAGGUUUGCUCUUAAGAAUAACUGCACCGCUGAGUGGAGUUGUUUACAUCCAGACAAGACCAACUGUCCCAGGACUCCAGAUGGGCAAAAUACCUGAAGUUGAGUUUCACACAUCAUCAUGCUGGGCGUUGAUUGGACCCUCAGCACUGGACCCUGUGGGGGGAGGGAUUUGGAGAAACUUUCAAUCAAAAGUGCAUUUUGAA